CAACGCAUUUCUCAUUCCGUCUGCAAUCUUCUCACUUAAGUCAAACCAAGAACUUCACUGAAGCAGACAAAUCAUCAUAACUCCACAAGCCCUUUUUAGGGUUUCUCUCUCUAUCUCUAAACGCUUUAAUUCCUGACUUUUUCCAUUUCCGAGCUCCCAACCGAUCUUUACUAACCAGAUUAAUCAUUUAUGGAGCUAGGGUUUUCAGCAGCGUUAAAUCUCAUGCUGAGCUCGGUGUUCGAGCCUUAGAGCUACCUUUUUGGCUUGAGUUUGUAUGAAUUUCGCUGCAAUUUUGAGCUUCAUGAAUCAUGUAUUUGAAUAGUUUAAAAUGAUUAUAGUGUUCUAAUAUUUUGAAUCCCAGAUUGAACUUGGUAGAACUAUGUGUUUUUACGAAUCUGAGUAUAUACUUUGGAUCUGGUGUUAUCGAAGUUUCUAAGUAAUGGCGCUCAAGGUUUCAGCUCCUGAAGCUGCCAAUGUUGCAAUUCAGUCUAUCGGACGUGGGUAUGAUAUAUCAUUGGAUUUGAGGCUCAAGUAUUGUAAAGGGGAUUCGAUCAAUGCCCGUUUGAUUGAGGUGGAUGAGGAUCAUGGUAGAGAGGUUGUUCUUCCUGGUGGAAUUUCGAUUCCAAAUGUACCCAAAUCUAUAAAAUGUGAUAAAGGGGAACGGACUCGUUUUCGAUCAGAUGUUCUCUCUUUUCAGCAGAUGUCAGAGCAAUUAAAUCAGGAGAUAUCUUUGACUGGGAAAAUUCCUUCGGGCCUCUUUAAUACUAUGUUCGAGUUUUCAGGUUGUUGGCAGAAAGAUGCAGCCAACACCAAGACCCUUGCUUUUGAUGGCGUGUUCAUCACGCUUUAUACAGUUGCACUAGAAAAGUCUCAGAUGGUACUGUGUGAUCACGUGAAGAAAGCUGUUCCAUCGUCAUGGGAACCUGCUGCCUUGGCAAGGUUUAUUGAAAAAUUUGGCACUCAUAUUAUUGUUGGCAUAAAGAUGGGAGGGAAGGAUGUAAUUUAUGUAAAGCAGCCGCAUUCUUCAUCGCUUCAACCUGCUGAUGUGCAGAAAAGGAUAAAGGCAAUGGCAGACAAGAGAUUUUUAGAUGCAAGUGGACAAUAUGGCAUGGAUUUUGAACAACUUCAUCAAAAUGAAAAGUUUGAAAUCAGGGAGCAGCGGUUGAGGUUUGCAGAUAGCAGUCCAUCAAGUUCAUAUUUGCACAAUGAGGAUGUCGCAAGCAUUUGCAAGAGGAGAGGUGGAAACGACGAUAGAAACCUAAAGCAUAGUGAUUGGUUAAAUACUGUACAGUUUGAACCUGAUGUGAUCUCAAUGUCCUUCAUCCCGAUUACCUCUCUGCUGAAUGGUAUCUCAGGGAGCGGCUACUUGAGCCACGCCAUAAAUCUCUAUUUACGCUAUAAACCGCCAAUUGAAGAACUCCAUCCAUUUUUGGAAUUUCAACUGCCAAGGCAGUGGGCACCAGUGUUCAGUGACCUUCCCCUUGGUCCACAACGGAGGCAACGAAGUACAGCAUCUUUGCAAUUCAGCUUCAUGGGUCCCAAGCUUUAUGUAAACACCACUCCGGUUGAUGUGGGCAAAAGGCCUGUGACUGGUCUCCGACUAUAUCUAGAAGGUAAAAGAAGUAACCGAUUGGCCAUCCACAUGCAGCACCUGUCCUCUCUUCCGAAGAUAUUCCUACUUGAAAACGAUCCAAAUGGCAACUUCUGCCAAGAGUCUUAUGAUCGAAAAUACUAUGAAAAAGUUCAAUGGAAGAACUUCUCCCAUGUCUGUACAGCUCCAGUUGAGUCUGAUGAGGAUCUUUCCAUAGUAACAGGAGCUCAACUGCAAGUUGGAGAUUAUGGCUUCAAAAAAAUUCUGUUCUUACGACUCCGCUUCUCAAAUCUAUUAAACGCUGCAGUAGUAAAACGUCCAGAAUGGGAUGGUUCCCCAGGUUUGGCCCGUAAAUCCGGACUUAUAUCAACUCUUAUAAGCCAUCAUUUCACUACAGUCAUGAAGCCACCUCCACAGCCAGCUGAUGUGAAUAUAAACUCCGCUGUUUACCCCGGGGGACCUCCAGUUCCUGUCCAAGCACCCAAACUUUUGAAGUUCGUUGAUAUGACUGAGAUGAUGAGAGGGCCCCAAGAAAAUCCGGGAUAUUGGGUCGUUUCUGGGGCGAGACUUAUUGUCGAAAAGGGCAAGAUUUCUCUCAGGGUCAAAUAUUCUUUAUUGACUGUAAUGUUACCUGAUGAAGAUGAAGAUGAAGUGACAGAGAACCCCUAACAAGAGCGUUUUGUUCAUUUUCUCUUGUAGGUUGUUUAAACAGAGGGAUGAUUGAUCCUGAAAAUGCUGAGAUGGUAGUUGUAUAACUAAUUCAAUUUUCUUUCUCCAA